UCUCAGAUCCAAAACAGACAUGGCGACUGUGUGAGGAGGAAAAAUAUCAGCGUUGGAUUUAUUUAACACACAUUUUAGGUCGAACGACCUUCAGUUUAUUGAUCAACAUGGGAGGCGGCGAUCUUAACUUGAAGAAAAGCUGGCAUCCCCAGACGCUGAAGAACAUCGAGCGUGUGUGGAAAGCUGAGCAGAAACAUGAAGCAGAAAGGAAGAAGAUCGAAGAGUUGCAGAAGGAGCUGAAAGCGGAGCGAGCUCGAGAGGAAAUCACGAGAUACGCGCAGGAGUCGGGGGCUGUCAAGAAGAAAGAUGAGCGCUUGGACUGGAUGUAUCAAGGUCCAGGGGGACAGAUCUCCCGUGAUGAGUACCUCCUGGGUCGUCCCAUCGAUAAGCAGAUCACUCAGCAGUAUGAGGAACCCGAAAGCGGCCCGUCUUCCGAAACCGGGCUUCUACCAGGUUCCAUCUUCAACACCGAGACCUCUAUGUCCAGCAUGGACCUGGCCUGUAAGAUAAGAGAAGAUCCGUUGUUUGAUAUCCGUAAACGUGAGGAAGAGAAGAAGAGAAGCAUUCUCACAAAUCCUGUUAAAAUGAAAGAGAUACGCAAAAUGUUACGUGAAAAUUUAGAAAAGGAUAAAAAGAAAAAAAGGAAGAAGGACAAGAAAGAAAAGAGAGACGAUAAGGAACGGAGAAAGGACAAGAAGCACAAGCGCAGGAGUUCCAGCUCUGACGCAGAGGGAGAAAGGAAGCACAGAUCAAGAGAAGAAAACGGCAUCUCAAACUCUCAUUCACAUCAGAAAUCCGGCUACGGGCUGCAGUUUCUAGCAGGGAGGUCAGAGUCGACCCACAGGAGGGAGCGCAGUCGCUCUCCGCUCGGCUCCAGAGAAGAAAAGAGGAACCGCUCACCUCAUAGCACAGACACCAAACACAAACCUAAAGCGCCGAGCCCGUCAAGACCCAGAGAGCGCCAUCACAGACCGCAGCCCACCAAUUACAGCAAGCGUCUCACAGCUGAAGAGCUGGAGAAGAGGAGGAAAGAGAUGAUGGGCUUCGCCCAGGAGAGAGAGGAGGAGAGGGAGAGCAACGUGCAGAAGUACAAGCGACAAGACGAGCAGGAGAAAGAAAGAGAGAGCAGGACCAAACACAGCAGUCACGCCUCGUUCAUACAUAACAUGAAACUGGAGAGCGCUGCCUCCUCGUCGGUGGAGGAUCGCGUGAAAAGGAACAUCCACUCCAUCCAGAGGACCUCUGCCUCCCUGGAGAAGAACUUCAUGAGAAGAUGAAAAUGUUCUGACAACGCUCAAAUGUGUACAAACUUGUACAGAUAAUUUUAUUUCUUUUAAUUUCUCUGAACUGUGUGUACAAUGUGCCUAGAGGAUCCUUUGUAAAGGAAAAGAAAAAUUAGGCUUGUCUUCAUCAUGGUUGUAAUUUGAGCAGUUUUAAUUCAUUAAUUUCUGUAAAUCUUUGUAUUUUUAAAGCAAUUAAAAAAAAAACUUCA